AUGUCUGCUGAGGAUACAGCGACUCCCACGGAUUCCCAUGCAGGGACUAUGGCGCCCGAGUCGGUCAUUCCUUCGUCGCCACUCACAGACCCGACUGAGGUUGAAGACUCAAAGUCUUCGGAUAAUAAAGAGGACAACUCGAAAGCAGAAUUGACUGAUUCUGAAGAUGUCGAGGGGAUGGACAGUAAGGCCAAGGCCUUGAUGCACUUGUUGAAAACGAGCUCCGUCUUCGUGGCUAUUAUGUCAGAUAAAAUGAAAAAGCAGCAAGAGGACGCACGUUUGGCGGCGAUCAAGCAGCGCGAACAAGCUGUCCUGAGUCAAAAGAAGACCAAGUCUCCUCCUGAAGCUACUCGCCGAACUACUCGAACUCGACAAAACCAAGAUGCGACGGAGGAGAAAGAAAAUAAAUCAGCCGGUGGACAAGAAGCCAACGAAAAGGCACCAGCACCCACCCGGGGUCGACCUAAGCGAGCAGCGGCCGCCAAUAGCAACUCAAUUUCUAGUUAUUUUAAAAAGGCCGACGUGGAAGUGACCAAAGAUAAUCCCUCGGUACAACAGGCUCUUGAAAAAGCUGCAGAUGACUACGAAGCGAAUCCCACGGCUCUUGGUGAGCAGGAAUUGGUCGCGACACAGCAGCCAAAACUCGUGACAGGUGGCAAAAUGAGAACAUACCAGCUGGAGGGACUCGAAUGGCUCAAGACUUUAUGGAUGAAUGGGCUUUGUGGUAUUCUUGCCGAUGAGAUGGGCCUCGGUAAGACAGUUCAAGCAAUCUCAAUGAUUGCUUUCUUGAAGGAGAUGAACGUUUCAGGGCCAUUCUUGAUCUCAGCACCGCUGAGUACCGUGAGCAAUUGGGUGGACGAGUUCGCCCGAUGGACACCGGGGAUUAAAACGGUUUUGUACCACGGCUCGAAAGAUGAGCGCGCUGCCAUGCGCAACAAAUUUAUGAAAAUGAAAAACCAGGGAGACAUGGACUUCCCGGUGGUAUGCACUUCUUACGAGAUUUGCAUGAACGAUCGGAAGUUCUUGGCUCAAUAUCAAUGGCGUUAUAUCGUCGUUGAUGAGGGCCAUCGGCUGAAAAAUAUGAAUUGCAAGCUCAUCAAAGAGCUUUUGACCUAUAACUCGGCCAAUCGUCUGUUGAUCACUGGAACACCUCUCCAGAACAACAUCUCAGAGUUGUGGUCACUUCUACAUUUCCUGCUUCCUGAAGUUUUCAACGAUCUCAACUCGUUUGAAAGCUGGUUUGAUUUUUCCUCCGUGCUAGACAAUAGGGGCCAGGCAGAGCUGGUUGAGAAACGCAAGCGUAACCUUGUCACCAGCAUGCACGCCAUUCUCAAGCCCUUCCUUCUGCGGCGUCUCAAGACAGAUGUGGAGACCACCCUUCCCAAGAAGCGGGAGUACAUUCUCUAUGCUCCUUUGACCUCUGAACAGAAAGAUCUCUAUCGAGAGAUCAUCAAUGGUACAGGACGUCAGUACCUCGAGGGAAAGGCUCUGGAGCGUCUGGAAGCUAAGAACGGCAGCUCUAUACGCUCGCAAAGUAUGAAGCGCAAACGGAAUGGCAGUGGCGAUGCAUCGCCUGUCAAAAGCGCAAGAUCCAGUGGGGCGUCCACGCCAGCGAGUAAUGGAAAGAAUUCUAGCCGCCGACGCCGACGCAGCACUCGUCAGGGUUACAAUGAUCUAAGCGAUGAAGAGUUUGAUGAGCACCUCCGCAAACUCGAGCUGGGAAUUGAAGAAGAGGAACAGGAGAGCGAGCCCAGCGAUAAUGAACUGGAAGAGAUGCAGAAGGCUCAGAAUUUGAAACUUGCUAAGAAAGAGAUUGGGCAAAAGAAGAUGCAAAACCCGGUUCUGCAAGCUCGCCUCGCCUGUAACUCUCCGCACAACUUCUAUUGGCCAUGGAUGGACGAAUCCUCUUCUGUAGACGAAACACUCGUCUCUGCUUCUGGAAAGAUGCUUUUGUUGGACCGUUUGGUCUCGUGUUUGCUUGAGAAAGGCCAUAAGAUUCUCAUUUUCUCUCAGUUCAAGACACAGCUUGAUAUCAUCGAAGAGUGGGCAACAACACUUCGCUCCUGGGAGUGUUGUCGAAUCGACGGUGCUAUUGCACAGUCCGAUCGCCGGGCUCAGAUCAAAGAUUUUAAUACCAAGAAGAGUCACAAGAUUUUCCUCCUCAGCACCCGAGCUGGUGGUCAGGGAAUCAAUCUCACCGCCGCGGAUACUGUGAUUAUCUUUGACUCGGACUGGAAUCCGCAGCAAGAUCUGCAAGCCCAGGACCGAGCUCACCGCAUUGGCCAGACCAAGCCAGUGAUUAUCUACAGAUUGGCUACGAAGGGUACCGUUGAGCAGACACUCCUCGAGAAAGCGGAUUCCAAGCGCCGCCUCGAACGUCUGGUGAUUCAGAAAGGCAAAUUCCGCUCCUUGCUUGAUUCCAGUGCGAAUUCCCAUGAUAUCGAGGAACUGCGCAAGGCGCUUGGCGAGAACGAGUUCGAACGGUUUGAGGUUGGCGUUGACCCUGGGUCGAUCUUGUCGAAUGAAGAUCUUGAGAUCUUGACUGAUCGCUCGGAAGAGGCUUAUCUCCGUGCGGAGAAGGGACUCGACCAGAAGGGGGAUGCAUUUGUUGCGGUUGAAACGAAGCGCGAUCCUGGUGAGAGCAUUCUCUCUUGA